GCCCGGCACUGAUUUGCUGGGGCCGCCCGCCCGGCCCGGCCCAAACUGCGGGGAGCGCCGAGCCGCCCACAGCCCCGCCGGGCAGCACCGGACAGCGCCGGCGGCAGCACCGGACAGCGCCGGCAGGCUCCCCUUCCAGUGACGGCCACUGCUGGGCACCUCAGCGGAGAGAUGAACCCCACCGUCGGCAUCGCUGUCAUCCUGACAGUCCUCCAGGCUGCCCACUGCCAGAUGAUCAAGGACCUGAGUGCCUGCCUGCUGGGCCAGAGCCUGCGGGUGGACUGCCGCUAUGAGAACAAAACCAGCAACCCCCUGACCUACGAGUUCAGCAUCACCAAGGACAACAGGAAGCACGUCAUCCACAGCACCAUGGGCGUCUCGGAGAACAUCUACCGCAGCCGAGCCAACGUCACCAUGCACAAGAACCUGCUGUGCCUCUACCUGCAGAGCUUCACCACCAGCGAUGAGGGCGUCUACAUGUGUGAGCUGAGGGCCACCAACGACUACACUGGGAACCAGAUAAAGAACAUCACUGUUAUCAAAGACAAACUGGAGAAGUGCGCCGGCUUCAGCCUCUUGAUCCAGAACACUUCAUGGCUCCUGCUCCUUCUCCUUUCCCUGCCUCUCCUGCAAGCCGUAGACUUCGUGUCCCUGUGAAAGGAAGAGCACACACUCACACUCACACUCACACACAUGCACGCACACACCGAGCACCCCAGCAAACCCGCCUCCCCCGCCAGAACGCAGCCCUUGGAAGGAGAAGCUGAACCAUUUGGAAGCAGUGAAA